GGAGCUCCUCAGGAGCUCCAGCGCCGUUCCUGAAGAUUUUCAGCUAAAUCCGCGUCGCAGUUUUCCCGGCAAGGACGCGAUGGCCGUGCCCUGCUAGGCAGCCCGGGGCUCCGGCCCCGGCACGGGUGACACCUCUGCUGCCCGGCGGGGACGAUGGGUGGAUGAAUCGGCAAAGAGAACCGCGUUCCCUCAACCUCCCUCUGCUCGGAGAGGGGCUGGCCAGGAUCUACCGAGGCAUCCUGGCCGUGGUGGGAGCCCUGCGCCCACCCAGGGAGCCGCCGGCAGCCCCCGCGGAGCGGAGCGCUGCCCCCUCCGCGCCCCCCCAGCCGCUGCCCGGCCGCCGUGGGAGCCGCGCUGCGCCCGCGGAUCCCGACAGGACGAGCUCGCACAUGAUCUCCGCGGACGAUGCCGAGUACCCGCGCGAGUACCGCACCCUGGGCAACGGCACCCGGCGCUUCUCCAACGUGGGGCUGGUGCACACCUCGGAGCGCCGGCACACCGUGAUCGCCGCCCAGAGCCUGGAGGCGCUCACCGGCCUCCAGAAGACGGAGAUGGAGCGCAAGAGGGACGCGUUCAUGGAUCACCUCAAGAGCAAGUACCCGCAGCACGCCCUGGCGCUGCGCGGGCAGCAGGAGCGCCUGCGGGACCAGCAACCCAACUACUGGAGCUUUAAGACCCGCAGCUCCCGGCACUCCCAGGGCUCCCAGCCUGGCCUGGCCGACCAAGCCAAGCUCUCCUUCGCCUCGGCCGAGUCCCUGGAGACCAUGUCGGAGGCGGAGCUGCCGCUGGGCUUCAGCAGGAUGAACCGGUUCCGCCAGAGCCUGCCCCUGGCGCGCUCCGCCAGCCAGACCAAGCUGCGCUCCCCAGGGGUGCUGUUCCUGCAGUUCGGGGACGAGACGCGGCGGGUGCACAUCACGCACGAGAUCAGCAGCAUGGACACCCUGCACGCCCUCAUCGUGCACAUGUUCCCGCAGAAGCUCACCAUGGGCAUGCUCAAAUCCCCCAACACCGCCAUCCUCAUCAAGGACGAGUCCCGCAACGUUUUCUACGAGCUGGAGGAUGUCCGAGAUAUCCAGGAUAGAAGCAUCAUUAAAAUUUACCGGAAAGAGCCGCUCUACGCCUCGUUCCCAGCCUCGCACAUCAGCAACGGAGACCUGAGGCGGGACAUGGUCUACACAUCCCGGGAAUCCUCUCCCACACGCCGCCUCAACAACAUCUCCCCAGCCUCCCACCUGGCCUCGGGCUCCCCUCCUCCCGUGCUCCAGUCCUCGUCGCCAUCCCGCUCCCGCAUGUCCUACAGCGGCGCUCGCCCUCCCUCCUACGCCGGUAGCCCCGUCCACCACGGCGAGCGCCUGUCCAGCCUCCCGCCGGCGCCGGGCGUGUCGCCGAGCCCCAGCGCCAUCCUGGAACGCCGCGACGUGAAGCCGGACGAGGACCUGGCGGGCAAGAACGUGGUGCUGGUGAAGAACGAGGGGCUGUACGCCGAUCCCUACGGGAUGGUGCACGAAGGGCGGCUCAGCAUCACCUCCACGCAGUCGCUGGCGGGCAUGGGGGGCGACCCGUUCGGCUACUCGGGGGGGCUCUACAAGAGGGGUUCGGUGAGGUCGCUCAGCACCUACUCGGCGGCGGCGCUGCAGACGGAGCUGGAGGACGGUUUGUACAAACCCAACGCGCCCAUCUACAGCGACACGUACGGGCCCGGCUUGGGUUUCCGAAUGCCGCCCUCGUCCCCGCAGAAGAUGGUGGAGCCCGGGCAGAGCCCGCACAGCCCCUACUCGGGCCCACCCAGCCGCUCCUCGCCUGUCCGGCAGUCCUUCCGCAAGGAUUCCUGCUCUUCGGUCUUCAUGGACGGCCCUGUGGGCAAAACGCGCAAUCCCAGCUCGUCCGGGCCCCCCGAGCUGUUCCCCGGUCCCGGCCAAGAGCGGCCGCUCUCGGGGUUCGGUUCGCCCGGUCCGGCCAAGGACACGGAGACCAGGGAGCGGAUGGAGGCCAUGGAGAAGCAAAUUGCCAGCCUGACAGGGCUGGUGCAGAGCGCGCUGCUCCGCGGCUCCGAGGCCGAGACCCCCAGUGAGAAGACAGAAGCCACCAACGGCGGGACCCCCCCGUCGGCGUCCACCAGCCGCAGUGGCAUGGGGACACCGGUGCCAGCGCCGCCGCCGCCCUCGGCCACCAGCACCCCCGCGGGGCAGCCCACGGCCGUGAGCCGCCUGCACAUGCAGCUGCACCUGCACGACCUGCAGCAGAACGCCAGCGACCUGCGAAACCAGCUGCAGCAGCUCAGGAAACUGCAGCUGCAGAACCAGGAGGCGGUGAAGACGCUGCUGCGGCGGACGGAGACGGAGAUCAGCGUGCGGGUGACGGACACGAUGCGCAAGCACGAGGAUCCUCUGCAGCGCCAGCGCAGCUUGGUGGAGGAGGAGCGGCUCCGCUACCUCAACGAGGAGGAGCUCAUCACCCAACAGCUCAGCGACCUGGAGAAGUCUGUGGAGAAGAUCCAGAAGGAUCUGGCGCACGGGCAGCGGCUGAUCCCGGUGCAGGAGCUGGAGGAAAAGGCCGUAGUGCUCAAGCAGCUGGGGGAGACCCUGACGGACCUGAAGGCUCAGUUCCCCAGCCUGCAGAGCAAGAUGCGCGUGGUGCUGCGGGUGGAGGUCGAGGCCGUGAAGUUCCUCAAGGAGGAGCCGAACCGCCUGGACGGGCUCCUCAAGCGCUGCAAGAGCGUCACUGACACCCUGGCGCAGAUCCGCAGGCAAGUGGACGAGGGCGUGUGGAGCUCGCCCAGCAGCCUGAGCCAGUCGCCCAAGAAGGUGGCGCCGGAGACGGAUUUCAGCAAAGGGCUGGAGCUGGAGAUGCCCACCAGCCCCCCCGUGAGCCUGCACCACCUGACGGGCACCCCCGAACCCCUGGGGUUCGGGCACAGCCCCCCCCAGCCCCAAAGCCACCCUGGCAAGAGCAAUAAUCCCGCACGAGCCCCCGACAUGGUGCCGGCCAAGACCCAGACGGCGCCCGAGACUCCCAGCAAGAAAAGCGCGGAUAAAGCGGUGUCCGUGGAGGCCGCCGAGCGGGACUGGGAGGAGAAGCGGGCGGCGCUCACCCAGUACAGCGCCAAGGACAUCAACCGGCUGCUGGAGGAGACGCAGGCCGAGCUGAUGAAAGCCAUCCCCGACCUGGAAUUCGCCGCCAAGCACAAACCGACCCCCAGCGCCGCCUCCACGCCCGAGCACAAACCCUCCAAGGCACAGCACGCCCCCAAAUCGGGGGGCAAAGGGGACCCCAAUGGGCGCCGGGGCUCAGACGAGCUGGCCGUGCCCCGGUACCGGACAGAAAAACCCUCCAAGUCGCCGCCGCCGCCGCCGCCCCGCCGGAGCUUCCCCUCGGCGCACGGGCUGACCACGACCCGCAGCGGCGAGGUCAUUGUCACCAGCAAGAAGGAGCCCGGCUUCAUGAAGAAGGCGGAGUCGGAGGAGCUGGAGCCGCAGAAGCCGCAGGUGAAGCUGCGGCGGGCGGUGUCCGAGGUCGCCCGGCCCGCGUCCACCCCGCCCAUCAUCGCCUCGGCCGUCAAGGACGACGACGACGAGGAUCGGAUCAUCGCGGAGCUGGAGGUGUUUCAGCGGAGCUCUGCCUCCCCUCCCCUCCCCCUCGAGGCCGUGUCCCCGGGCCACUCCGGCUGCUGGCCCAGCGGAGCCGCGGUGGCCGCAGCCCAAGGACGGAAGGAGCCGCUGGCAGCCCCGGCCAGCCGGGCGUUCUCCCUGCCCCAGAUCGUGCUCACCGAGUGGGUGUCGGAGCCCCCGUCCCCCGAAGCCGAGCCGGAGCUGUGGCUGCCACCCGAGGGGACAAGCAGCUCCCCAAAAUCCCCUCCAGCCCCGCGCCCGGCCCCCGGCAGCGCAUCCCGGGAGUUUCCUUCGGCGGCUCCGCCUUUCCCGCGGGAUAAAACGGGGGGACAAGGAGGCAGCGACAACAUUUGUCCCCAAAUUUCCGUGGCCUCGCAGCCUCCUCAGAGCCGCGGGGAAGGUGAGGGUGCCGGGAUCGUCCCCGAAAUUCCCGAUGGGGAUCCCCAAAAAGGAGCCGGGCUCGUUCCUGGACACUCCACGGCACCCCAGGGAUGGGACGGAGGAUCUCCAGCUGCCGGGGAGGUGACAGAGGGACUCUGCACGCCCCGCGUGUCCCCCGAGCGCCACGCGGCUCCGGGUAAAAAAGAGAUUUAUGAGGACACCUACCAGAGACUGGACAGCCUGGAGGAAACCAUCCGCGAGCUGGAAAUGACCAUCAGCGAGAUCAGCAGCCACCCCGCCGUGGAAUUCGUGCUCUCCAAGGACUCGCCGGGAUCCGAGGAGGUCGGGAGAAGCUCUGGGGACCUCGGGCACGGUGACACCGCGCUGGACCUGAGCCGGGCCAAGGACGGCGCUGCCGGGAGUCCGGUUCCGAGCAGGACCAAGCCAGCGCUGCUCCCCAAGCCGCAGCUGCCCCCCGGCGCUCGCCAGAGCGGUGGCGUCUCCAUCCCGGCCAUGAAGGUGGUGAACCCGGCGUCGCGGCUGAAGCAGGGCCAGCAGGGCAGCCCCGACAAGGGCAAGCACAUCAAGCAGCGCAUGGAGUACAUGCGGAUCCAGGGCCAGCAGCAGGCCACUAGACCAUCUAAAGAGGCCAGCGAGACCUCCCCCACGGUCUCGGAAAAACCCGCAGCUGGCAGAACCUCCAUCCCCGUAUUGACUUCCUUUGGGGCCAGGAACUCCUCCAUCUCAUUCUGAGCCCGCCCGGGGCUGCUCCUCCUCUUCCUCGGGCUCCUCUUCCUCCCUGCGACUUUGGCUCCUUCUUGAGGCGCUCUGGAGGGAAUCCGCCACCUGUGUCCCCUCCUUUUUUUUUUUUUUUUUUUUUUUUUUUUUUUUUUUUUUUUUUAUUCUGUUCGAUCCAUGUUUUUUUCCGUUUUUUUGGGUUUUUUUUGUCGCCUCCGCUUCGCCAAAAGAACUUUUUGUGUCUCUCGCCUGCGCCCUCCCGCUCCGCCAUGGCCAACCAGCCAC